CUUGUCGGGGAAGAGAUGCGUCGGUGGUUCAUAGCUGAAGAUCUCACAUCAGUGCUCUUUUCUACGUAUUCCAUGGCCAAAUGAAUAUUCUGGUUCCCAAAUGUAUUUCCACAGGGAAAGAGAAGAGAUGCUUAAGGGGGAAAAUGCACCCUGUCCGUUAGUUUGUUGUUGUGCUGAAUUGGGAUGAUACUGGCUCAUAACACCAAACACUGGCAAAUGCUUACAUUUUACAUUAUUGGAAACUGAUUUAUCAUUUUCAUAAACCUUGCUGCAAAGAUGCUUUAACAUCUCAAACAGACAUUUCGGAGGUGGCCCAUGAGAAUUUUGAGUGCAUGUCUGUCAGCCCAUGGGGUGAGAUUGCUUGGGUGGUGGUUCAUCAGCGGAGGGACUGGUUUUUGCCAUACAGGAGAUCACAUCUUUUCCUUUGGACUUGGAGAGGCUGGCUUCUUGAAUUCAUGAGCUGUGUACCGACAUCCUCAUAUGGCCAAGCGUUGCAGGACAUAUGUACUUCAGGAGCCUGCAUUCUGGCGCCAAUGCCUCAGCUUUGGAGAAAGAGAUUGGUCCGGAACAAUUUCCAGUCAAUGAGCACUAUUUUGGUUUGGUUAAUUUUGGGAAUACAUGCUACUGCAAUUCAGUUCUUCAGGCACUUUAUUUUUGUCGACCGUUUCGAGACAAAGUCUUAGCAUACAAGAGUCAACCAAGAAAAAAAGAGAAUCUCCUUACAUGCUUAGCUGAUCUCUUCCACAGUAUAGCCACCCAGAAGAAAAAAGUUGGAGUAAUACCUCCCAAGAAAUUUAUAACAAGAUUACGAAAAGAAAACGAGCUUUUUGAUAAUUACAUGCAACAGGAUGCACAUGAGUUCUUAAACUAUCUAUUAAAUACAAUUGCGGAUAUCUUGCAAGAGGAAAGAAAACAAGAGAAACAAAAUGGUCGCUUACCUAAUGGCAACAUCGACAAUGAAAAUAACAGCCCACCAGACCCAACCUGGGUUCAUGAAAUCUUUCAGGGAACAUUAACUAAUGAAACCAGAUGUCUUACAUGUGAAACUAUAAGCAGCAAAGAUGAAGACUUCUUAGACCUUUCAGUUGAUGUGGAGCAGAAUACUUCAAUUACUCAUUGUUUAAGGGGUUUCAGCAAUACAGAAACUCUGUGCAGUGAAUACAAAUAUUACUGUGAAGAAUGUCGCAGUAAGCAGGAAGCACAUAAAAGGAUGAAAGUAAAAAAGCUGCCAAUGAUUCUAGCUCUCCAUUUGAAGAGAUUUAAAUACAUGGAUCAGCUGCAUCGAUACACAAAACUCUCUUAUAGAGUAGUUUUUCCUUUAGAGCUUCGUUUAUUUAACACCUCAGGAGAUGCCACCAAUCCUGACAGAAUGUAUGACCUUGUUGCUGUGGUAGUUCAUUGUGGAAGUGGCCCUAACAGAGGACAUUAUAUUGCAAUAGUGAAGAGUCAUGAUUUUUGGUUGCUUUUUGAUGAUGAUAUUGUUGAGAAAAUUGAUGCACAAGCUAUUGAAGAAUUCUACGGGUUGACAUCAGAUAUCUCAAAGAACUCUGAGUCUGGUUACAUCCUCUUCUAUCAGUCUCGGGAUUGAGGCGGAACUGUAGUGAAGAGAGAUUUUUACGUCUCGCAUCUUCUCUAUCUUGGAGUGGAGCAAGCACUGAAAAAAAGGAAAGCAGGGAGCUCCAGGGGCAGUAGCACAGUUUGCACACGACUAAGCGAAGAGUUUGGGAUUCUUAAAACCUUUGUAUCAUUUUCAUUUUAUUUGCUCAGGUAUCAUGCUGACUACACAUCUCCACUGCAUCCCAUAAGCAAAAAGAGAUACCAGCCACUCUUGCAGGAGCUUUCCAUUAGGUAAUACUAUCUGUGAUCCUAAUUCAAAGCCCAUUAAGGUCACUGGAGAACCUUUCAUGGACUUCAGUGGAAUUUGAAUCAGGUUCUAACUGCACUGCCAGAUUGGUGCAAUAAGAGCAUUAGAAAUCUGUAUGUUAUACAGACAUUGUGUAUAAAAGGUAAAGGACUGUUUGUGAUCUUAGUUUCCUGUGCUGAAGUUUGAAAGAAUGAGGUUAGGAGGGUUAACAUGGAAGGAAGAUCUAUCUGGGCCCAACACAAUUGCCUUCUUGAUGGUAAUAGUUAACUGAAGAUAUAACUGAUGUCAGGGAGGCAAGUAUGUUUUGCUUCUCUGAGGAAGCUUACGUUAUUUAUAAUGUAUGAUCGGGAACAAUCAGUCAAGAUUAUGGCUUUUAAUCUCCGUAUGGGGAAAGAUUUGGUUUGUAAUAGUUUUAUUUUUAUUUAUAAAUUAUUGUAACUUAGGAUCUUGUGUAUUGUCCUUUAUUCUAACAAGUAUUGGAAAUUUUAUAUACUAGUUUGAAUUAAAACUAAUUAUGUUUAAAUAUUAAAGAAGAACCAAUAUAAAUUCUAAAAACAAAGCCUACAAUAUCUGUAAAAAAUUAAUAACACAGAAGAGAGAUUUCCUUCUUGAGGAACUGGUAUCUAAGUGAGGUACUUAAUUAAAUUAGAAUAUCCUUUUUCCAUUCAUGGGUGAAAAAAGUGAUCAAACUAUUACAUAGAAGACUUUAAGAAUGCAUAUCAUAAGAAAAUGAUGGUGCAGUGGUGGUAUACUGGGUUUUAGAGUUCUUUAAGUUGUUAAUGGUUCAUACACUAUGGAAAUUAGAACAAUUUGAAUCAAAGUAAACCGUUUGCUGAAUAUUAUUCCCUCUCCUAAAAAUGGAUUCAUUCCUGUUCCCAGUGGCGUGGGUGACCAUCUCAAAAACCACUCCAGGUCUGAAGUAUAAAUGAAGUCUGAGUACUAAGAAGAAAUAGGUUUGGAAUUUCAUGAAACUGAAGAUACCAUAUUCCUUUAAAAGUAAUAGUACUGAAGUCUUGUAGAGUGAAAAUUUCUGAAACUAGGCAGUUUACCUUGCUUUAGGUUUAUGAAAUAGCAUUAAGAAUUAAAUCUUGACAAAACACCUGAUCUGUAAGAAAUGUGAACUAUUGUGAUUUGACAUUCUUCCACUUAUCAGUACGUUGUCUGACAGUAGCUGAAUGUAAGUUCUGGAAGGUCAUGGGAUGUGCAUUCCAGAUUAUGGCAAUGAGGUCUUGGAUGUCCUUGUCACUCCCUCUUCAGCUAGUGAUUUUUCCAUUACUGUUAAAACUUUUAAAAAGAAUGUCUCCUGUCUGCUGCUACAACUGACUAUUUACUUACCUGUAUCUUUUAGCUCAGGAAAUGACUUCACCUAUUCACUCAGUUAAACAGAUCUUUAACAGGGUCACUAAAUAAAUUGGGCUAUUUAGCAACUGUCAUGCUGUAACAAAUUGCUUUUGUAAAAUGCAAAGUUUCUAACACCUUGGUUUGGCUAGAAUUCUUUUAUAGAAAAUAUGUAUAAUGAUUAAACUACCAGCAUUGUAAAGUAAAGCUUAAAUAAUGUGGGAGGUGCCGAAAAUAUGAUUGGAUUUUUCUUAAAGGAUUCAAAUAAUUUUAAAACCUUUUAUCAGCUUUCAGUGGGAAAAGGGUUAAGGGGCUAAUCAGGUGGAUGAUGGUGCAUUUUUGAAGGAUGAAGUCCUUUGCAUACUAAAGGUACAGUAUUGUAAAAGAACUGUCACAGUACUCUUUUUGCUAAUUGAAAAUUUUGGAAUUUUUUUUUGGGGCAUACUUAAAAGCUGUGGCUAAUUGCUAAGUAUUUUAUACCCUAACAAAAUCUAAAACAUUUUUGUUGUUUCACUGGUUUAACUCCUGCUAUGUAUUUUUAUAAGAUACUGACUUUUAUUUUGUAUAGGGUUUUUGAGAUGGUAUUCCUAAUUAUAUAUUUCAUUUCUCUUUUAGUGCAGCUGAAAUAAUUGUAGUUCUUAAUUAAACUGAUAUCAGAAACUGCAACUUAAAAAAAAAAUAAAAAGAGGCAGGGAAGUACAAAAUAUAACUGAUUGGUAUGUAAAACAUUAUGGGGUCUUUUCUUGGCUGUAAUACAGUGGGGAUUGUGGGAAAGUUGUCAGUUGUUGUAAAUGGUGGAAAUUAUUUGCUGUGUAACUAUGUAAAUGUUAAUUGGGACUACAGUCCCUUAUUUUGUAUAUUGGAGCAAAAGACUUCUAUUAAAUAAAGUAUGUUCUCUAAAGGUAA